AUGAAAGGAGGAAGCAAAGUGAUUGUGGAGCCACACAGACACGCAGGAGUGUUCAUUGCAAAGGGUAAAGAAGAUGCUCUUGUGACCAAGAACUUGGUUCCUGGUGAAGCUGUCUACAACGAGAAGCGAAUCUCUGUUCAGAAUGAAGAUGGAACUAAGGUUGAAUACAGAGUUUGGAAUCCUUUCCGUUCUAAGUUGGCAGCUGCUAUUCUCGGUGGUGUUGAUAACAUAUGGAUUAAACCUGGUGCUAAAGUUCUAUACCUUGGUGCUGCUUCUGGAACCACAGUCUCUCAUGUUUCUGAUCUUGUUGGCCCUGAGGGAUGUGUUUACGCUGUUGAGUUUUCUCAUAGAAGUGGUAGGGAUUUGGUGAACAUGGCAAAGAAGAGAACUAAUGUUAUUCCAAUCAUCGAAGAUGCUAGACACCCUGCUAAGUACAGAAUGCUUGUAGGCAUGGUUGAUGUUGUCUUCUCUGAUGUUGCUCAGCCAGAUCAGGCUAGGAUCUUGGCUUUGAAUGCAUCAUACUUCCUCAAAACAGGAGGUCACUUUGUGAUAUCAAUCAAGGCAAACUGUAUCGACUCAACGGUUCCAGCAGAAGCAGUGUUUCAAAGUGAAGUGAAGAAACUGCAAUUGGAGCAGUUUAGGCCAUCAGAACAAGUGACGCUUGAGCCAUUUGAGCGUGACCACGCCUGUGUCGUUGGUAGCUACCGUGCGCCUAAGAAGCAGAAGGCUGCUACUGCUGCUUAA